AUGUUAGCCAUCUCCGUCACCGAUAAUGGCCAGAACCGGCUGCCGGAGCAGACCGAACAGGAUCCGGCGACCCCAAGAGUGUUGUCGAUCUUAUCUGUUGUUCUCGAAAGACUAGUGAACCGGGAUGAGGUAUUGAGUUUAAGCAGCGGCGGCGGAGCACCUGCACGGCUGGGGAAAAACUUGGAGGCGUUUCACGGCGUUAGACCGCCGGCAAUCACGAUAGCCAAGUAUCUAGACCGGAUAUACAAGUACACAAACUGUAGCCCGGCUUGUUUCGUGGUGGGGUACGUUUAUAUAGACCGGUUGGUUCACAGACAUCCCGGUUCGCUAGUGGUGCGGCUAAAUGUUCAUAGACUGCUUGUUACAAGUAUAAUGGUGGCUGCUAAGAUUCUGGAUGACGUACAUUACAACAACGCAUUUUAUGCUCGAGUUGGGGGUGUGACGAAUGCCGAGUUAAACAGACUUGAAGUGGAGUUCCUUUUCAUGUUAGAUUUUGAGCUCACAGUCACCUCUCGUGUCUUUGAGAGUUAUUGUCUCCAUUUGGAAAGGGAAAUGAUACUAUGGAAUGGAACUACGACACUCAAGAUUGAAAGAGGAAUUCAUACAACAAACACCAUUGAAGACAUUGCUGAAAUUCCGAUAGAAGAAGACAUGGAAAGUUUCUCUUCACCUCUCUCAAACGGUUGCCUUACCUAAAAAUUUAGAUUUAUAUUUACAUUUUUAUCCCCGAUUAAUAUUGUAAAUGGGAAUCACAUAUUUACAUAUAUCCAAAUUUGAGUUUUGUUGUAUGCGAUCUUUCGUAAUGUUUUAUAUAAAGCUACAAACAACCACUUCAAUUCUACACAAACAACAAUAACACUUCAACUAUUGUCAUUGUUUAAGCAACUAACCGAGCCUCCUCGUUAUCCGGGACCACGAUAUCGAGCCUCAUCAUCGGCCUGUACUUACGUGGGACCACCGCCCCCGCCUGCACACACAUCUCAACCACCACCGGAGCCUUCCCAUAAAACCGCUUCAACAAGCUCUUCAACGGCGGGCCCUUCAAAUCCCGAACAUGCCACACGUAAUUUGGCGGGAAAACCUCGUCCACCGUGGCAUCCUGCCACCCGUGUUUCCCGUCUCUCCAUUGAUGCUUAAACUCCCCGCAAAGCUUCGCGUUAUGGCCCCACGGGCCCAUAUGGACCUCCGAGCAAUACCCACACGCCUUCACACUGUAUUUCCUCAUAAGCUUCCCCACACCCCAUCUCACUUUCUCAUACGCGUUAAGUGUGGAAUGUGCGAUUCCGACCACGUCUGAUUCCGCCGGACACGGGAAUCGCUCGAGAGCACGGUGCGUGUCGAGUUCCAAAACCUCGGAAUGCGGUGGCGUUUUGGGUGGUUCGAUGGUUCCACCGCGGUCGAUUACUUUUUUGCCCAACAUUCGGAUGGGUUGGGUUCUUCGGCGUGAAGGGUAUUCUGGUAAUUCGACACCGGCUUGGAUGCAGAGCUCGACGAUCGCCGGGAUUCUAUCGUAGUCGAAUCGUGUUUCGUGUUUGAUUCGGGUUCCGUAUGGAUCGAAUUGAUGGUAUGAUUCGAUAGGGAGAAGAAUGUCAUUUAUUGACCCUUUUACCCAUAAAUGGAAGCUUCUUCGGUUUGCACUGUUUGGACCAUGGCAAGUCUGAAUUUCAUGGCCUGUGGGACCCACGUGAACCUCCCCGCAUUCACUGCAUAACAACAACUGUAAGUGGAAUCAAAUUUUGAAAAAGCUAAAAGAUAAGAGAAUGAAUGAAAAGGUGUAUGAGUAUGACAAGACAAACCUGCAAGCAUGAACAGGAAUGACAUGGAGAAGCUGUGAAAGACCUUUGAUCAAGAUCUUCCAAGCAUCAAGAACUUCAUAAGCAACAGGAACAAGAUCAGGAACAAGAAGCCCGUUCUUCGGAGGCUCAAGGAGCUUUUCUAUUCCUUUUUCUGCUAGCUUUUUGUUGGCUCUUGAAGUUUCUAAGAUCUUCUUUAGUGGAAUUGGAAAUGGUUUCUUCUUUUGCUUAGGUAAUACAGGAGGAAGAUCCGUAUUUUGAGGGUGGGUUAACCGUUUCUUGUUUCUCCGAGUAUCACGAACAGGGGGGAAACAAGCAACAAUGGAGGUUCUUGAUUUUUUU